UUGCCUAUUGCAACAGUCUCAUACUUUCUGCGAAGACAAACACUCGUUAACAGGAAAACAUCAGAAAAAAAUGGCCAGCUACGACCGCAACGUUGUUGUCAAGUGCCUCAAGAGGCACUACGAGCUCCUGGUCCGCAUGGGCUACAUGGACGUUUCGGCAGUCGAGCUCCCUCCCGCCGCCGGCUGGAGCGACGCGGAGCUCCGCGUGGAUGCUCUCCGGGCCAUGGGCCGCUCCGAGACCGUCAUCGAUCUCCUGCGGCAUAUCCCCUACGUUCAUGAGAACGAGGAGUCGGACCCUGUUGAGGUGUACACCGAGACAUUCCCGCUGCGGUACCUACGCAACGGGCGGUGGUUCGGCGGCGGCAGCAACGGUAGCGGUGAAGAGUUUGCGAAUACACCGCUUUUGGACCUGGGGUUUGCGCCGUUUGAUGGGCCCGUGCCGGUCGAUAUGGUCUCGUUGACGCAUGCGGAUGAGGGGACUUGGUGGUUGAUUGAUACGAACCAAGGGUGCAUCUAUCCUUACGGGACCGAGUUCGACAAGCGCGAGGAGGAUGUUCCCGAGGACAAGCAGUGGCUUGUUGUGGAUGCCGUUCCCAUCCAGGCCUACUUUGACAAGAUCUAUGCCCAGGUCGGCAACUUGGAUGUUGUGCCAGCACCCCGCUCUGGAACGUGGGAGGCGAGAGUAGUCGAGGAGUACACCGAGGAAGGCCAGGAGAUAAAACGGCUGUAUGCUGAGCACGGAUGGCCCAACGCUUUCCGCAGAGAAGAGUUCAUUCAGGCCGUGGAGAGAACUCGGGCGACAUUCAUCGAGGCUGGGUUAGGACAUGAUGAUGACGACGAGGAUGAUGAGAUGACGGGCUAGAUAGAACAGUGACUUUUGGGCCUGACCUUAGCUUGAAGACAUGAAAUAAUUGGUUGGCCAAUGAUAGCAACCAAUUGAUGGUGAUUCUAGCGCACGGCCAUGGUGACGUGCUUCGUUCCGGGGCGUUGAAUUCUGUCUCAUCGAUAGCCAUACAAGAUGUCUCUCAACCGAGAAGGAUAAUGGUGAAAGAUAUCGGAUCGCGGAAGAUAGAGUCGGAUGACGGAAGUCUGGCAAGACCUCGUUAUCAUGUCCUAACUCCUAUCUUUUCUCUCAACAGCACAGCCGGCUUCAACCCCACAAACCCAAGCCAGAGCUCCCCAACUGCUGUGUUGACUAGCAUCUUGGACGGGGAGGUUGGGCCCAUUGAUCAAG